GAAAAUAGAACAUAUUAUACUAACUUAAAAUUUUAUCAAUACUUUCUCAUUUCAUCCAUAUUUAUAGUGUACUUUGACAUUGAUAUAUUUACCAUGUUUACCUUUUUAUAGACUUUAGUUAAAUUCAAUAUUACACAAAAUGUUGCAAAUCCAACGCCAGAUGUUUACCCAUUUAUCGCAAAAUAUAUAUAAACAGAGAUCAUUCCCCGUUAGGUAUUUUUGGGAGUAUGUUAAUAUGAUGUUUAAUAAACCAGAUCAAGAGCGUAUAAAAACAUUAGGUCCAGAUCGAGCUUGUGCUGAAUGGGUUUUACGUAACGGAGGUAAAGUGACUUGGUCAAAUGGAAAGCAACUGGCCGAUUAUAAUUUAUUGCCUCCAGAAAGUCAAUCCGUUCCUAAAGUGGUCACGAUUGAUGGUUCGGAGUCAUCUAUAUCACACUAUGGAUUUGCUCAUUUAAGUGGUUGUACAAUGUUACAAAGAAUAAUCCUCCAUGACAACAAAUAUAUUGAUGACAGAGCAAUGAAAGGAUUAGAAUAUGGAAAGGAUACAUUGGAGUUUGUCCAGGUGUCCAAAUGUUAUAAUGUCACCGACGUGGGUGUCAAAGAAAUUAAACUAUUGACAAACUUAAAAACAUUGGUCCUUUUUAAUUUGUCAGGCGUGAGCGAUUUGGAAGAAUGUAAACAAUACCUUAAAUCACAAAUGCCGAAUUGCAAAGUUCUAGAUGAAGGCGAAAAAUUAAGCAAUUAAUACACACUUAAAUCAUACUGUGUUGUAUAAAUAUAUUUAUUGGAAAAUAGUUACAAAAUAACUUUUAACAAUAUAUUUUUUUCACAUUCAACAAUACUGUACUAUUUGACACCUUUUCCGACGGCCAUACUGACAUUGGUAUAGCCGUCUCUAAUGAGGAGUUCGGCUAAUUCAGAUUUGAUUUUAGUAACAACUUGAGGUCCGUGAUAAAUUAAAGCUGUGUAUAUUUGGACUACACUAGCACCUGCUAGUAUUUUCUCAUAGGCAUCCUGUCCGGUGAAAACACCCCCUACUCCUAUUAUUGGUAUGUUACCUACAAAAACAUAUUUCAUUAAAUAAAUCUAUAAUUACUCCUUUAACAGCUGGAGGUAUUGUAAUGAAGAGUUUUUUAAUCUGUUCCUUGGUUAUGCUCGCUUUUUAUGCAUUUUGACAAAUAUACUUGUUUGAGAUUAAAUAAAGAACUGUCCAUAAUGA